CCUUCGGAAAUCUACGUGCACUUUUAGUGACAGGAAACGCUGCAUCCGCGCACAGUUCAGUUUGUAUUCGGAUGAUAUUUAUUUCAAAAUGUUGUCCGUUUUUAAUUCCAUCCCCACUCACAUGGACUACAAAGGACAGAAACUUGCAGAGCAGAUUUUCCAAGGCAUCAUCCUGGUUUCAGCAGUGAUCGGAUUUAUUUAUGGACUCAUUAUCGAGCAGUUUGGAUGGACUGUUUACAUCAUGAUAGCCGGAUUCACUCUGUCCUGUCUGCUCACACUUCCUCCAUGGCCCAUGUACAGAUGCAAUCCCCUAACCUGGCAGCCUGUCGUAAAUGAGACGCCUGCAGAAAACCGAGAAAAGCCUCAGGAGAACUUAAAAAAGAAGAAACACAAGUAGAAUAGACCUCGCGUACGAGUUUACCAGCCAAGAAUUCAUGAAUUAAUGUCUUGUUUUCAUGUAAGAUUCCAUGUGUGCUUAAUAAAAAGAAUCAUUUGUACUAAA